CAGAUUGGAAUUUAGGAAGUGCAGGGCAGAGAGCAGAGACUGUGAGGGGCAGGAUCUGGAAGGAAAUCUGGGCAGAUCAGCCUUUGCUUCCCAGCUGUUCUGCUCUCCGAAAACACCAGAAACCCAGCACUCUGCAUUCGGUCUGGCUGCUGGACAUCCCAGUUAAGAAGACGCCAUAGACAGCUACCCCAGCGACCUUGUUCCCAGGGAAGAGGGGACAUCACAGGAGGGUCACUCACUUCAUCACUGGGGAGCAGUACCAUCAGCUGUUACCAGCCAUGGGUCAGUCCUCCUCUUCUACACCCCCUCAGAAGGAGGAGCCUGAUUUGACCUCAAGUCUCGACACAAAUCUUCACAAUUUCAAGAUGGAAACCAAGAUCCUGUCUCAGGAAUUAACCACCUUGAUUAGAUCAAACCUAGAGGGUGGAAACCUGAGGGGAACAGUUUGUGCAAUCAGCGAUGCUCUGAGUGACAUCGAGAAAAUUCCACUAAACAUUGCAGUGAUGGGGGAGAUUGGGGCUGGAAAAUCCAGUCUCAUCAAUGCUCUACAGGGAGUGGGGCCUGAUGAAGAGGGUGCGGCUGCUUCCACCGGAGUGAUAUGUACCACCACUGAGAGAAAACCAUACCCAUACUCCAAGGUUCCCAGUGUGACACUAUGGGACCUGCCGGGCAUCGGGUCCACUGCCUUCCAACCACAUGAUUAUCUGAAGAAAAUCAAGUUUGAGGAGUAUGACUUCUUCAUUAUUGUCUCUUCUGGACGUUUUAAACACAAUGACGCAGAACUAGCCAAAGCCAUCGUGCAAGUGAAUAGGCGUUUCUAUUUUGUUCGAACCCACACAGAUCAUGAUCUAAUGGUUCAAAAACAGUGUAGUCCUCAGAGAUUCAAUAGAGAGAACACCUUAAAGCAGAUUCGAAAUUCCAUCUCAAGUAUACUUAAGGAAGUGACCCAGCAGGAGCCUCCAGUCUUCUUAGUCUCUAACUUUGAUGUGUCUGACUUUGACUUCCCAGAGCUGGAGGCCACCCUUCUGAGGGAGCUCCCAGACCACAAGCGUCACAUAUUCAUGCUCGCUUUGUCAGUUGUUACGCAGUCCACCAUAGACCAGAAGAGGGACACACUGAAACAGGAGGUCUGGAGGGAUUCCGUAAUGCCAAGGGCAUGGGUCACCAUAUCACUUAAGGGCUUGACCAAAAGUGACAUACAGUUAUUGGAAGAGACUUUGAACUCCUGCAGAUCCUCCUUUGGCCUGGAUGAGGCAUCCCUGGAAAACAUCGCUGAUGAUUUGCACGUGGCCCUGGAGGAACUCAAGGAGAACAUUAAGUCUCUGCAUUUGCUCUCAGAAGAGCAGGGUAAAUCCUUAACAGAUAAACUUUCGGGGUACAUUAGCCAUUCUUACUUUUCAAAGACUUUGCACUUGCAAAAUUUCUUCAUUGACACUGUGGCAAAUGAUGUUAAGAUUCUCCUUAGCAAAGAAGAGCUUUUCACAGGGAAGCAUCUUCUGGAAACAGAUACAUGUAAGUCUCCCAGACCCUCUCCUUCAACGGCUCAGCUUUUGGCAUCCAGCUUUGAAAAAUUUUUUAAGAACUUCAAGAAGGAAAGUAAAAUCCUCUCUGAGGAAACUAUCACCUUGAUUGAAUCCCACCUGGAAAAUAAGAACCUCCCAGGAGCGGUUUCUGCAAUCAGCAAUGCUCUGAGAAACAUCGACAGAGCCCCACUGAACAUCGCAGUGACUGGAGAAACAGGGGCAGGCAAAUCCAGCUUUAUCAAUGCCCUGCGGGGAGUGUGGGAUGAAGAAGAAGGCGCAGCUCCCACUGGGGUGGUAGAGACAACCAUGGAGAGAACUCCAUACCCCCACCCAAAGCUUCCCAUGGUGACAAUAUGGGACCUGCCUGGCAUUGGGUCCACAUCCUUCCCUCCCCAAAACUACCUAACGGAAAUGAAGUUUGCUGAGUAUGACUUCUUCAUUAUCAUCUCGGCUACUCGUUUCAAAGACACUGAUGCACAUUUGGCCAAAGCCAUCGCCAAGAUGAAUACAAAGUUCUACUUUGUCCGAACCAAGAUAGAUCAGGAUAUAAGUAAUGAACAGAGGAGUAAAUCUAAGACUUUCAAUAGAGACAGCGUCUUAAAGAAAAUCCGAGGCGACUGUUCAAGGCAUCUCCAGGAGACUCUCUCCAGUGAGCCCCCAGUCUUCUUGGUCUCUAAUUUUGAUGUGUCUGACUUUGACUUCCCAGAGCUGGAGACCACCCUGCUGAGCGAGCUCCCAGCCCACAAGCGCCAUGUCUUCAUGCUGUCCUUGCACAGUGUUACUGAGACUGCCAUUGACCGGAAGAGGGAUUUCCUGAAACAGAAGAUCUGGCUGGAGGCUUUGAAGGCUGGAGCUUGGGCCACCAUUCCAUUUGGGGGCUUGGUCCUAGAUAAGAUUCAGAAGGUAGAGGAGACCUUGGACCUGUACAGAUCCUACUUUGGACUGAAUGAUGCCUCGCUGGAAAAUAUUGCCAAGGAUUUUAACGUGUCUGUCAAUGAAAUCAAAGCACACCUUAAGUCUCUCCGUUUGCUAACAAGGACCAACGACAUGUCCUUAGAAGAAAAACUAUGGAAAUACAUUGAAUAUAUUUCCUCUGUUACUGGGGGGCCACUUGCCACAGGCCUUUACUUUAGAAAGACUUUCUAUUUGAAAAAUCUCUUCAUUGAUACCGUGUCAAGUGAUGCCAAGACUCUUCUUAAUAAGGAGUUUUUAUCAGAGAAGCUGACUGACCCCCCAGAAUACUGGGAAGCAGCGAUGGAGCUAUGAGGCACUUACCUUCGGGCUGACUUUGGUCACUGACUUAUGACAUACUUUGAAGCAGCAAACGUUUUCUAUGAAAGACCAGAGGAUUCACCUCUUUCAGAGACUGUGGCAAGCUGAAGAAGAGUUAUCAACAACGUAAACACACAUGGGAAAAACUGUCUCUCACUAAAAUAUCACGUAUGAGAGAGAACACAUGGGUAUAUACAAGUAACUUGUAAUAUCCUUCUGGAAUUAACCUUGGAUAUUUCUUCUCAAGGAGAUUUCCCAGGCAUUGCCAAACUCUCCUAAGAUGAAGACACUGUUUCCUGCCUUGAUUUUUUUUUUUUUUUUUAGUAUUAUGAAGUACAAGGAACUGGUUCCCAGCGUACAUCUCCCAUGAAGUGGUAUUUCCUGGACACAAGAACUACAUGGUAGAUUAUCUUGGGACCAUCGUCCAUGUUCCUCCAGGAAGAACUGAGUGAUACACAGAUGGGUGGACAUAUCUGCAGGUUCUUUUGGUCCUUGGAAACAAGGAAAUUUUAUUUCAUAUCCUUCAUCAGUCAACCUGAGUGAGUUGAGAAUUCAGGUUGUAGGCAAAGUAAACACUAAAUUGUCUCUCCUUGGGGGUAAGGUCACUCCAAGACAUUUCCUUACUGCUUUAAUGUCUAGGAGACUUUGUUGGUGUUUAGCCUCACUUAAGACUGGUUAGCAUGUGGAGUUGUUCCCAGUUUCUUCAUCUACAGCAUCUUUUGAGACCCAGUGUCCCUUUUGGGCAUCUGACAUAACCAGCUGUUAAAAUCCCAGUGUUGCUCUCUGCAUGUAGACCUGCCCUUCUAGAAGGAAGGUGAGGAGUCGUGCAUGGGAUGCAAUAUGCAGAAAACCAGCAUGCACAUUUUAGCUCUGCAUUGGGCCUCUUCAGAGAAAAGGAAGCAAUAUAUUAUAUCCAUAUCUUCUUAUUGCUGGAUCUAUAUAGUAUUAUAGUUAAUUCCUUUUAUGACACAGUGUUCUAAACACCUGACAGAAACUGCUGAAGAGAAGAAAGGUUGCAUCUGGCUCACAGUUUCAGAGAAUCACCCUCUGUCAUGAUAGAAGGGGCGUGGGGAGGGAAACACUCAGUGUAAGAGAAGACGGUGAACACGGUGGCAGAGAGCUAGGUGACAGCAAGGGGCAGGAGUAUCAAAGUACUGGUUCUCGUGACCUGCUUCCACCACCUAGGCCUUCCCUCCUAAAGGCUCAACAACAUCCAAAAAAAUAAUGCCAUGUUGGGGACCGGGUGAUUAACACCAGGGUCUGUGGUGGCCUUCAAACCAGAGCACUAUCAUAUCCUCAACUUACCACAUCUCUCUCCUCAACUUUCUCUCCUCCUUUCUCUACUUUCCCUCCUCCUCCUCUUGUUCUUCCUUCUCUUCUCUUUCCCUCCUCUCCCCCUACCUUCUUCUCUUCUUCUCCCCGAUUCUCUCUCUGCUUCUCUCCCUGCCUUUGUCUCUCAUUGACUCACUCAGCUGUGAGACUUGCCAAGUACAGGAGCUACAGGGCAGCCUUGCAGCCCGGAAAUCUUUGACUGAGUUGAUAUUACAGCUUCUGGCCAAACAGCAAGAAUUCUUUUCUCUCCUUCCCAGAGGGUGUCAAGGUUUGUUUUGUUUUUGCUUAUCUCUAAGGUCUUCAGUUGGUCAGGCGGGGCAUUUGCAGUAGAGUCCUCUGAAGUAUUCAAAGUAUUCAAAGCCUCCUGCUUUAAAAUUUAAUCUCAUCUUAAAUUUUCUUUCACAAUAACAUCUACAGUGGUACUUGGUAAUUACUUGGGCACUCUCUUAGAUAGGGUCUUUGUUGCUGUGAAGAGACAGCAUGACCACAGCAACUCACAUAAAGGAAAACAUUUAAUUGGGUGGCUUACAGAGGUUCAGUCCAUUAUCAUCAUAGUGGGACAUGAAGCAUGCAGGCAGACAGGGUGCUGGAGAAGGAGCCGAGAGUUCUGCAUCUUGAUCAGCCUACAGCAGAAUGAGUCUGUGUCUCACACUGGGAGUAAUUUGAGAAUAGGAAACCUCAAAGCUGGCUCCCCACAGUGACACAUUUCCUCCAACAAGGCCACCCUCUUAAUAGUGCCACUUCCUAUGGGGGCCAUUUUCUUUCAAACCACCACAUGAACCAGAUGCUAUGUAAAGUUAAUUUCCUCAAACCCCACAAUUACCCUAUCCCACUCUAUACCAGCAGAUACAUAUGGUUACAUGGUCAUAGUUACAAUUGUACUCCUUUGUGAGACACAGUGUGACAAGUUUACUCAAAUAAACAACGCAUAACCAUCCAAUCUGGAGAGAUGGCUGCGCAGUUAAGAGCACUGACUGCUCUUCCAGAGGAUCUAGAUCAAUUCCCAGCAUCCACAUGACAACUCAUAACUGUCUGUAACUCCAGCUCCAAGGAAUCUGGCCCCUUCACCCAGACACUCAUGCAGGCAAAACACCAAUGCACAUCAAAUAAAAACAAACAAAUCAUGUUUUAAAAGCUGGGGUGUCAGGCUUCCAUAUUCUUAGACAUAUUAAAAUUAUGGUGAUUAACAGCUAAUACUUUCCAAUAUUAACGAGUACGUGUAUACAGUAGAUGCCGACCAGUUCAAGGUAUGUUUACCACUUUAUUGGCAUUGUCGCGUAUCUGGGGCAUCUGACUGUCUCUGUUCUGCUGAUUUGUAAAGAGCUUAAUAGAUUGUUUUAAACAAGAAUCUCUGUGCUGCACUGCAGCAUGCUAGAAAUGCUGGAACAUGCUCCUUCCCUCUAGCCCUUUGGUACCUGUUAUCAAACUCUCUCCGCCCCUCUGCCCACCUUUCCAGCUUCUAGGAAUCACUGUUUUACACUCAGAUCAACCAUUAGUGUCCCACUGCAGGUGAGCAGAAUUAGCCAGUAACUUCUUCUCUCUUUGCCUCAUUGUCCUCUGAGACACCAGCUGCUGAGCUGUCUGCUCCUGAGGCCACUUACCUGCCUCUGUGCCGUGUAGAACACCCAGGCCCAGUCUCACGGCCUUUAGUCUAUUUCUGUGCUUUCAGCAGUAGUAGUCACGGGGAAAAGCCAUUGUAUUGUGUGUAGCAGGGGACGCUGUCAGCAGAGCUGUCUGUCUGAGGAUGGACGCUUUCUGUCCUAUAUGUGGGAACUGUUUCAGUACAUCACAGAUUUGUGUGUGAUGGUGUAUAUCGAUUUUCAACUUGACAGGACCUAGAGUCACCUUGGAGCCAAAUCUCUGAGAAUGUCUUUAAGGGAUUAUCUCAAUUAAAAUUAACUAAUUAACUUGAUUAACUAAUUAACUUGAUUAACUAAUCAAGAUGGGAAGACCCACUUUAAAUGUGGGCAGCGCCAUUCCCGAGGCUGGAGCCCUGAACUGCAUCAAAUGAAGAAAGCCAGGUGAGCACCAGCGUUCCUCUCUCUCUGCUCCCUGAGUGCGGAUGUGAUGUGAUCAGCUGCCUUCCCAUCACAGUGGACUGUAGCCUUGAACCGUGAACCAAAAUAAACUC